AUGAUUGGUAUCAUCUCAAAUCCGGUCAACUCGGUGGUCCCGAUUGCCUGCGACACUCUACCCAAGGUCAGAGUUUUGGACACUAGGCGCGUGUUAGGCAUUUCCACGCUGGAAAUUAUCCGUGCCAACACGUUCAUCGGUGAGGUUGUCGACGUCGACGGGUCAACAUUACGGUCAUCGGAGGUCACUCCGGCGAGACCAUCAUCCCAGUGCAUCCCAGAGCUUCCCAAGAACAAGAUUGCCGCCCUGACGGAACGCAUUCAAGAGCCGCUGCUGCUGGGCAAGAACAGUCUCGAGAAGAGCCUUGGUCUGUCCAAGGUGAACGACUACGAACAGGAGCUGCUGAAAAAUGUUAUUCCAAAGCUGAUGAAAAACAUCCAGAAUGAUCAAAAACAAUUCAUCUAG